CUCCCCCACGCCCAUUUAAAUCCCUCUCAUUUCUCUCCAAAAACCCUAAUUUAUCCACCCCCAUCUCUCUCUGUCUAUUGUCUGUAAAGCUUCUCAACCUCAAAAUCUCCACUUUCAUUGAAUUCAAGCCUUUUUGAUUCAAUUGCUUUCAAGGAUUCGAAUUCAAUUGUGGGAAUUUUUUGGGGGUUGGUUUCCAUUUGUUUAUUGUCCAUGUGAGAAUGCCCGUUACGGACUACCAAGGUUCUUCUUCUGCAUUCGAUAUCGGACGUUCCAUCCUCAGCCUCCGACGCGAUCCGGUCGUCCACUCCAUGGAACCGGCCCGCGACGCCAGCAGCUUGGAGAUGGACCCCGAGGCCUUCCAGAAGCAGGUAGCUGACCGGUUCGCCGAUUUGUCAUCUGCCAGCUCCGACGAGUUACUUUCCCUGGCUUGGGUGAGGAAGCUUCUGGAUGCGUUCCUUUGUUGCCACGAGGAAUUUAGGAUUAUUCUGUUCAAUCAUAGGGCUUUGGUGCUGCGGCCCCCUGUGGAUCGGUUGGUUUCGGAUUAUUUUGAGCGGAGCGUGAAGGCUCUUGACGUGUGCAACGCAAUUCGCGAUGGGAUUGAGCAGAUCCGCCAAUGGCAGAAGCUGAUCGAGAUCGUUUUGUGCGCUCUCGAUAACCACAAAACUCUCGGCGAGGGCCAAUUCCGUCGCGCCAACAAGGCGCUCAUCGAUUUGGCUAUUGCCAUGCUCGACGAGAAGGACCCCAACGCCACGAUCUCGCACCGGAACCGAUCGUUUGGUAGGAGCAACAACUCGUCCUCUUCCUCGACGACGGCUCAUCACCAUAGCCACCAUCAAAACCGUUCCUUGGGGCAUUUCCGGUCGCUGUCCUGGAGCGUAUCGCGGUCGUGGUCGGCGGCGCGGCAGCUCCAGGUGAUUGGGAACAAUUUGACGGCUCCGAAAGGGAACGAGCUCGUGGCUACGAACGGCCUCGCUGCACCUGUCUUUACCAUGAAUUCGGUGCUGCUGUUCGUAAUGUGGGCUCUGGUGGCGGCUAUUCCGUGCCAGGACCGUGGUUUGCAGGUGCACUUCAAUAUCCCGAGGCAGUUCUUGUGGGCGGGUCCGAUCCUCUCACUGCACGAGCGGAUUCUUGACGAGUCAAAGAAGCGGGACAGGAAGAACGCGUGCGGGCUGUUGAGGGAGAUUCAUCAGAUUGAGAAAUGCGCUAGGGCGCUUAGCGAAUUGGCGGAUUCGGUUCAGUUCCCAUUGGUGGAGGAGAAGGAAGGGGAGGUGAGGCAGAGAGUGGAGGAGUUCUCUCAAGUUUACGAGGCGUUGAAAGUGGGAUUGGACCCAUUGGGGCGACAGGUGAGAGACUUGUUUCACAUGAUUGUGCGGAACCGAACGGAGGGGCUUGACUCUUCGGGUGGAAGGCCCAACAAUCCUGCAUAGAGGAAGAAGGUGAUGAUUUGGUGUUCAAUUUCAAAAUGAGGUAGACUUUUCGAAUUUGGGGAAUGCACAAGAAGAUGAUGACUAUCAUGAAGAGGAAGAGCACGGGAGGGACAAGAAGACAGGUUACGACUCGAUUGAGAAGAAUGAGAUCAGUGGUGUGUCAGGAAUAAACUGGGAGGGAUCAAGUGGGAGACCAAGUUGCUGUUUCGCAAUCAGGAUGACCAUGGUGAAUUGAGUCGUUUCAAGCUCCUCUGCCUGACUUGGUUGCUUUUUAUCCAACGGAGAUUGAGGUGGUUAUUUUAAGGUUAUAUAACUUAGUUCCUAUGGAUGCAGAACAGUGUUUUUCUGGUCCUAGUUUAGGACAGAUUAAUUGUAUUUUGACUGCCUAGGGUUCAUUGUGUUUGUUUGACAAAGUCCUUUGCUUUUUAAAGCUUCCCUCUCUCUGAUAAAACGAUGGUCUCUGUUCUCUCGGUCUUCUCUGUGAUGCAUUGUCUAUCUGCUGUACCCAAUUCAGCCAACAAACUUGAUUUGCAAUUUUCUGACUC